CAGUCUGGUUUUGAACUCCCAGCCUGAAGUGAUCCACCCACCUCGGCCUCCCAAAGUGCUGGGAUUACAGACAUGAGUCACCUAGCCCGGCCCAGAGCCUGCCUUCUUACCCAUAUUAUGCUGUGAGGAUUCUUUAGGAGUUUUUAUAACCUCAAACUCUGGGAUUGAAAUAAAUGAAAUCUUUUCAUCUACCUCGGCGUUGUCUUCCUUUUUACCAAGAAUAUAUGGUUGAUUUCAUUCCCUUCUUUUCUUCCAGAAAACCCAUUGUUCAGAAUUUAUGUAGUGUAGCCCUUUCUCCAGCAAAAUUGUUCCCAAAGUGCAGUGGAAGUCUGGAACUUGAGGUUAUAAAUUCUUAGCUGUGUUUGUCCCCAUGGUGUUUUCUUCUUUGGAGACUGAGGUGUAGCAUGUGUUUUGAUGUUUUGUUUUGUUUUGUGUUUCCCUUGGAAACACAGUAUUAGUGAAAUCAGCUUGUUUUCUCUGACAGUACUUGUUGCGUGGUGCACACUGGUCUGAGCAUGGGACUCUGAAAUAGAAGGUGUAGCAUAAGGGACUGUGUGAAAAUGUUUCUCCUGGUAUGCCGCAGAAUGGUUCAUUUAUGACUUUCAGCAUUUUGAUCACCUGAUUCCCCACUUCUCCCAUGGGGAAAAGUGGUAUUAAAAGUAUUUGGAAAUAAAAUUCACCCUCCGAGCCGCUGCUAUGCUGAUGAGUAAUAAAGUGUCAAAAGAAUGCCGCGGAACAGCUUCUUAAUAUAGACCAUUACUGAGACGCACCGGUAGGGCGAUAACAAGCCUUUUCUUCUGAUUUCCUCCCUGGAGCCAAAGGGAUUUUGAAAGGCAGAAGGCAAAAACUGUUCAGAGUGAAAUUCCUCAAGCUUCCCUUGUGAGGACCACAUGGGCUCUGGCACUGGGUGGUUUGGGAUGUCCAAGAGAUGAUCCCCUUUCAGCCAGUGACUCGGCCCUCAAUUGCCAUUCAGGAAAGACGCCGGGCUCGGGAGGGCCCUGUGAUCCUCUGGCUUUAAAAUGGGCAAUGCUAUUGAAAAACAGAAGCCCUUGAAACGAAGCCAUCUGUACCCCUGGAAACAAGACUCUCAGCGUUCUCAUCUCUCUUCCUUCACCAUGAAGCUGAUGGACAAAUUCCACUCACCCAAAAUCAAGAGAACACCAUCGAAGAAGGGAAAACCAGCUGAGGUGUCCGUUAAGAUUCCAGAGAAGCCUGUGAACAAAGAGGCAACAGACAGAUUUCUACCAGAGGGCUACCCUCUCCCCUUGGAUCUGGAGCAGCAGGCAGUAGAAUUUAUGUCCACCAGUGCUGUGGCUUCCAGGUCUCAAAGGCAGAAGAACCUGAGCUGGCUGGAGGAGAAAGAGAAGGAAGUUGUCAGUGCCCUGCGCUACUUUAAGACCAUUGUGGACAAAAUGGCAAUUGAUAAGAAGGUACUGGAGAUGCUUCCAGGGUCGGCCAGCAAGGUGCUGGAGGCCAUCUUACCCCUGGUGCAGAGCGACCCUCGAAUUCAGCACAGCUCAGCCCUCUCUUCCUGCUAUAGCCGAGUGUACCAAAGUCUGGCCAACCUCAUUCGCUGGUCUGACCAAGUGAUGCUGGAAGGUGUGAACUCAGAAGACAAGGAGAUGGUGACGACUGUGAAGGGAGUCAUCAAGGCUGUACUGGAUGGAGUGAAGGAGCUGGUCAGGCUCACCAUCGAGAAGCAGGGACGUCCAUCUCCGACGAGCCCCGUGAAGCCCAGUUCUCCUGCCGGCAAGCCUGAUGGCCUGGCAGAGCUCCCCCUGACAGACCGAGAGGUAGAGAUCCUAAACAAAACAACCGGGAUGUCGCAGUCAACCGAGCUCCUCCCCGACGCCGCAGAUGAAGAGGUCGCGCCCCCCAAGCCCCCUCUGCCUGGCAUUCGGGUGGUUGAUAAUAGUCCUCCGCCAGCGUUGCCACCCAAGAAAAGACAGUCGGCGCCAUCCCCUACCCGAGUGGCUGUGGUGGCCCCCAUGAGCCGAGCCACCAGUGGCUCCAGUUUGCCUGUUGGAAUCAAUAGGCAGGAUUUUGACGUUGACUGUUAUGCACAGAGGCGACUGUCAGGAGGCAGCCACUCGUACGGUGGAGAGUCGCCCCGCCUGUCACCCUGCAGCAGCAUAGGCAAGCUCAGCAAGUCGGAUGAGCAGCUCUCCUCUCUGGACAGGGACAGUGGGCAGUGCUCCCGGAACACAAGCUGUGAAACACUAGACCACUAUGAUCCCGACUAUGAAUUCCUCCAGCAAGACCUCUCUAACGCAGACCAGAUACCUCAGCAGACGGCCUGGAGCCUUAGCCCGUUGCCAGAGUCCUUGGGGGAGUCUGGGUCUCCAUUUCUUGGCCAUCCUUUCCAGCUGCCUCUUGGCAACCAUCCCCAGCCAGACGGAACACUGGCCCCAGGGCAGCAGACAGACACGCCGCCUGCUCUCCCCGAGAAGAAGCGCAGGAGCGCAGCCUCCCAGACAGCGGACAGCUCUGGCUGCAGGGUGUCUUUCGAGCGGCAUCCCUCGCAGUACGACAAUAUCUCUGGGGAGGACCUGCAGAGCACAGCCCCAAUCCAGCCCGUCACCUACGCGCCCUUCGCUGCUAUACUCCCCUUUCAGCAUGGAGGUUCCUCAGCCCCUGUAGAAUUUGUGGGUGAUUUUACUGCUCCUGAAUCAACGGGUGAUCCAGAAAAACCACCUCCUCUACCAGAGAAGAAAAACAAACACAUGCUGGCCUACAUGCAGCUGCUGGAGGACUACUCAGAGCCGCAGCCCUCCAUGUUCUACCAGACGCCGCAGAACGAGCACAUCUACCAGCAGAAGAACAAGCUCCUCAUGGAGGUGUAUGGCUUCAGCGACUCCUUCACUGGGGUGGACUCUGUGCAGGAGCUGGCCCCACCGCCUGCCCUCCCCCCCAAGCAGCGGCAGCUGCAGGCCUCCUGUGCUGCUGCUUCCUUCUCCUCUGUCUCCUACUGUGUCCAGCAAACUAAAGUGGCCUUCACCCCCGAGGACGGCAGUGCCGCUCAGGGCCUCAGUGUGUCCGUCUCUAACUCCUUUCUCAGCCGGCAUGGCAGCUUGCCUGUGCCCUCGUAUAAGUCUGUGUUUAGGUCCUACUCCCAGGAUUUCGUGCCUCACCACCAAGCUUCCGUUCCGCCUUUCCUUCCACCUACCUCCUCUUCCUCUCCACAUUUCCCACCUGUCCACCAGUCCCAGAGCUCUGACUUAGCCGUGCCAACCAUAGCCGGUCCACCUCCCAGCACCGUGGACGGGCCUCUCUCGGCUUCUCAGGAGAGCAGCUUUCAUGGGAAUACUGUCUGCCUUUCUUCCGAAACCUCUUUCCCUGACUCGAGUGAAAACGCCAGUGAGGAAGCUGGUGAGGGUGAAUAUGUCAAUCUGUAUUCCUCUGGCCAGAGCAGCGAGGAGCUGGCUCCCCCUCGAGGAGAACCACCAGCUGGGAAAGAUGGACAUCCCAGAGAUCCCACGGCGGUCGGCAGCGUCCCUGGGAAGGAUAGCAGAGACGGCUGUGAGAGGGCCCCAAAGUCACCAGAUGCCCUGGAGUCGGCUCAGUCAGAGGAGGAAGUGGACGAACUGUCCCUCAUCGACCACAGUGAAAUUAUGUCCAGGCUGACGCUCAAGCAGGAGGGUGACGACGGGCCAGACGUCCGCGGGGGAUCUGGGGACAUCUUAUUGGUCCAUGCUACUGAGACUGACAGGAAAGAUUUGGUGUUGUACUGCGAGGCCUUCCUGACCACCUACAGGACCUUCAUCUCCCCAGAGGAGCUCAUCAAGAAGCUGCAGUACAGAUACGAGAAAUUCUCUCCCUUCGCUGACACAUUCAAGAAGCGCGUCAGCAAGAACACGUUCUUCGUGCUGGUGAGGGUGGUGGAUGAGCUCUGCCUGGUGGAGUUGACAGAAGAGAUCCUGAAGCUGCUGAUGGAACUGGUCUUCCGCCUGGUGUGCAACGGGGAGCUGAGCCUGGCCCGCGUGCUCCGGAAGAACAUCCUGGACAAGGUGGACCAGAAGAAGCUGCUCAGGUGUGCCACCUCCGGCCAGCCCCUGGCGGCCCGGGGAGUAGCAGCCAGGCCGGGGACCUUGCAUGACUUUCACAGCCAUGAGAUAGCAGAGCAGCUGACAUUGCUGGAUGCCGAGCUCUUCUAUAAAAUAGAGAUUCCUGAGGUUUUGCUUUGGGCAAAAGAGCAGAAUGAGGAGAAGAGCCCCAACUUGACCCAGUUCACGGAGCACUUCAACAACAUGUCCUACUGGGUCCGGUCAAUAAUCAUGUUACAGGAAAAGGCCCAGGACAGGGAACGGCUGCUCUUGAAGUUCAUCAAGAUCAUGAAGCACUUGCGGAAGCUGAAUAACUUCAACUCCUACUUGGCCAUCCUCUCUGCCCUGGACUCCGCGCCCAUCCGCAGGCUGGAAUGGCAGAAGCAGACUUCAGAGGGCCUGGCUGAGUACUGCACGCUGAUCGACAGCUCGUCCUCCUUCCGAGCCUACCGGGCCGCCCUCUCGGAGGUGGAGCCUCCGUGCAUCCCGUACUUGGGGCUGAUCCUGCAGGACCUGACCUUCGUCCACCUGGGAAACCCCGACUACAUCGAUGGGAAAGUGAACUUCUCCAAGCGGUGGCAGCAGUUCAACAUCCUUGACAGCAUGCGGCGCUUCCAGCAGGCGCACUAUGACAUCCGGAGGAACGACGACAUCAUCAACUUCUUCAAUGACUUCAGUGACCACCUGGCUGAGGAGGCCCUAUGGGAACUCUCUCUGAAAAUUAAACCCAGGAACAUAACAAGGAGAAAAACAGACCGGGAAGAAAAGACCUAGGAGCAGGCACCGGGAUCUAGGAGAACGCUCGAGGGGUGCGGGGGCGGCUCCCAGACCGGACAGGACCUUGGACCUGUUAGGCGCAUGGCAGGAGUCCCGGCCUCAGAGCCACGAGGCUGGCCAGGCCUCAGCGGUGCAGUGCCGGGCCGGAGCUGGAGCCUGCUGGCCGCUUCCUGCCUCCCUCCUCUCUGGGAGCAGACCCGUGGGCCUCAGUGCAGCCAGUAGGCAGGUCUUGUUGCUGAUUUGCAAACCGGUGGUUUUCUGGUUUGGUUUUGUUUUCUGCUUUCACUUCCAUCUCUCCCCGCUUGCCCUCCUACCCACUCCCCUCCAGGGAGAGAGCAGCAGAGACCUCAUUAGCAGACCAAGGAAGU